CACGCACACUCUCUCUCUCUCUGGCUCGCUACAAAUACAAUAUUAUAGUAUGACAAAUUUGACAGAAUUCUUCAGAUUGAUGGGUUUAGGAAGAAUUCAACCUCCCUCUUCUAGAACCCAUUUAAUGAAAUUCUGCGUUAUAUAUCAUAAUUGAUAGCCGAUCAUCUUGGCUUUUCAUUUCCACGUUCAAUAAAUCUUCUUCUUCUUCGUCUUCUUCUUCUUCUUUCUUUGAAUUAUUGAGAAAUUUGUGUAAUAUGGGGAAUUUGGAGACGGCGGUUAUGGAGUUUCUGAUUCCGUCAUGGUGGGAGGUGCAAGUCACGGUGGCGGCCGCGGCGUUUGUGGUGUUGGCUUAUUGGUUUCUCUCUCUGGGUGGCGGCGCCGGUGUUGGAGGAGAAGGAAACGCGGAUGAUCGCAUGAUGGUUGGCGGCGAUGAAAUUGAUGAGAAAGAUAAGGGCGUUUCUAUAAGCCAAUAUAAAGCAGAGUCUCAAGCUAAUGCUGCAUACAUGAUUAAGGUGGAACUCCUUGCAGCUAAGAAUCUUAUUGGUGCAAAUUUAAAUGGCACUUCAGAUCCUUAUGCAAUAAUUACCUGUGGCAGAGAAAAACGAUUCAGUUCAAUGGUUCCUGGAUCAAGAAAUCCUAUGUGGGGAGAGGAGUUUAACUUUCCGGUUGAUGAACUUCCUGCUGAGAUUAAUGUGACAAUAUAUGAUUGGGAUAUAAUUUGGAAAAGUGCAGUUCUUGGCUCUGUAACUAUCCCUGUUGAAACUGAAGGUCAAACUGGUGCCUUGUGGUACUCACUGGAUAGUACAUCUGGGCAGGUUUGUCUUCAUAUCAAAACAAUUAGGCUUCAUAUCAAUUCUCCCAGGGAAUUGAAUGGCUUUGCUGGAGCAAAUGCUAGGAGGAGGACGUUGGAUAAACAGGGUCCAACAGUUGUUCAUCAGAGACCAGGGCCACUGCAAACAAUAUUUGGUCUUCUUCCAGAUGAGGUUGUUGAGCACAGCUAUUCAUGUGCACUUGAGAGAUCAUUUCUGUAUCAUGGCAGAAUGUAUGUCUCCGCUUGGCACAUCUGCUUCCAUUCUAAUGUAUUCUCAAAGCAAAUAAAGGUCAUUAUACCUUUUGGAGAUAUCGAUGAGAUAAAGAGAAGCCAGCAUGCUGUCAUCAAUCCAGCAAUUACCAUUGUUCUCCGCAUGGGUGCUGGUGGGCAUGGAGUGCCUCCUCUGGGAAGUCCUGAUGGUAGAGUUAGGUAUAAGUUUGCAUCAUUUUGGAACAGAAACCAUGCUUUGAGAGGUUUACAGCGUUCAGCAAAGAACUAUCAUACAAUGCUUGAAUCUGAGAAGAAGGAGAAGGAACAAUCAGCACUACGUGCCCAUAGUAGUUCCGUAAGAGGUAGCGAGCGUCAAGAUAAGGUUCCAAAGGAAAGUGUUGCAAAGUUUCAACCAUUUAUCAGGGAGGAUGUACUUUCUAGUAUCUACAGUGAUACUUUCCCAUGCACGGCAGAGCAAUUCUUUGAAUUACUACUGAAUGAUGGGUCAACCUUCACAAAUGAGUAUCGAGCAGUACGAAAAGAUACCAAUCUUUCGAUGGGUCCAUGGCAUGCUGCAGAUGAGUAUGAUGGUCAAGUCAGGGAAAUUACACUCAGAUCACUAUGCAACAGCCCAAUGUGCCCUCCAGAUACAGCAAUGACAGAAUGGCAACAUGCGGUUUUAUCAGCAGAUAAAAAGAUGCUGGUCUUUGAGACUGUACAACAGGCACAUGACGUUCCUUUUGGAUCUUAUUUCGAGGUAUGCCAGUUUUUUGGUCAUCGUUUAUACCGUGUUAGAUUCUAA